AUGCCAUCCGACCAGAUCUUCUUCGCCAGCAUCCCACCCUACAAAUCCCGGUCCAAGCUCUCCCCACCCACCGUUGACCGCUGUCUAACCCACUGGGCCACAGCUCUUCACACCCUACGUCACCUCCCCGACCCUCUAUUCACACAGCAGAUAACACCAACAUCAUCAUUCACAAAAUUCCUGUUAUCUUACAUCUCCAAUGAUGAUUUAUCCCACAACGAUACCGACGAUUGGGUAUACCCCUCCACGUCAACAAGCUCCACAAAAAGUAGUACCCAACAAGGAAAAAAAGAAGAAGAAGAAACCAUAAUCACGAAAGUAAAAUACAUCAACCGAUCUCUUCGACUAUGUCUGAAACGGGCGAUAUCACUUGGGAUCAAUAUUUCUGAGAUAUUCGGUUCGAAUUAUAGUUAUUACAUCAAACUGGGCGCAUUGUUCUUCGUCGAAGGUGGUUCGAAACCACUAUUACGUUCGAUAUGGAACCACGAUAAUUCGGUUCUUGUCAGCGCCACAAAGGAACAUUUAAAAUCCAUAUCAACGAUGUUACAAGAUCUGGCUUCUGGGAAGAUAAAUGUUGAAGAUCAACAUAUUGCUGUUUUACAGGAACUUUGUUAUUUUGUUAUGACGAUACCGGAGAUAUCGUUUGGGAUAUUGUCGGAAGAAACGGUAUUUGAGGAUCUUGCUGCUGCGUAUUUUUCACUAUCGUCGCAGCUGCAGCAGAAGAAAAAGAAGGAUGCGGUUAUACCUAUAUUGGAGGAAAUUAGACGGUUGCAGUUUACUGUCAUCAUGGCGAGUACACAGGCAGAUCCGAAACGAUACUCCACCAUCAUCGACUUUUUAUUCAACUUCAUCGCUGGCGCAGAUACAGACGUUCCGAUGAACUCAUACAUCACCGCCAUAAUCUCACAAACACCUUUACUAGACCGAUUAACAUCCAUCGAUGCGGAAGGUUAUACGAACCGCUGGUCUACGAUCCUUACAAAACUUCAAAACUUCGAUUCCCCUUCUUCAACAUCCCAAGUAUCAAAAAGAAUAACAAAACUACCACGAAGGAAACAAAAAUCCAAACAUCCAUCAUCAUCUUCAGUAGACACAACAACCAUAGACGUCCCCCAAAAGAUCCACGAACUCUCCCAACUCUUCCCUCACACUUCAAAAUCAAUCCUCCAAGCAACACUAUCCUCCACAAACUACGACCUAGAAACAGCAACAAUGCUCCUCCUCGACAACCCUUCCCUCGAAUCCUCUUCCUCCCCGCUCCCACCACCACCACCAUACGAAGAAUACACCCCAAACAAACAAUCCACAAACCCACCCGACGAACUCUCAACCCUCACAGUCCCAACCUCAAGACUCUACCUCGGAAAACGCGACAUCUCAGGAACAGCAGACAACCUCCUAAAAGACCGUUCCACAGCCCCGACAAAAUCUCAAAUAUUAUCGGCAUUACAAGCAUUCGACUCCGAUGACGAUGAAAGGGAUGAUACCUACGACCACGAAGACGUCGGAGCCGUAGACCCCACUACGGCUACGGAAUCUGAAGCUAAUAAUGCUAAUAAUAAUAAUAUCACAUCCGGUGGAACUGAAGAAAAAGCGUUAUAUAACGCUUUGGUACAGAAUCCCGGGGUGUUUACUAGAGAUGCGGUGACGAGACGUGGGAAUGAAAGGAAGUUAUUAAGAGAGGUUACGGGGAUGAGUGAUGAGGCUAUUGAAGGGUGGAAGAUAAUGUUAGAUAGAGAUGGAGGGAAACGGUUACGACAGUUGGAGAUUAGAUUUUCGAGGGAAUCUGAAGCUGCAGCCGCAGGAGGGAAUAAUCAAACGGGUUUACAAAGAACGGCGUAUAGAAAGGGCGAUGAAGAUGAAGAUGAAUCCGGGGAAGCUAGUGGUAGUGGUACUAAUUUUGGAAGAGGGGGUGGAGGAGGUCAUAGAGGCGGGAAUAGAGGAAGAGGGAGAGGUGGUAGGGGGUUUUCGGGACCGAAUGAUAGGAAUGUUACGGGACAACAAAGGGAUAAUGCGCCGGUUGUUAAUCAGGAUGGGAAGGAACCUUAUGUUGGGAAGAAGACGACGAAGGCUAGAGGGGAGCAUAAUAGGAAGAUGCAGUCGGCGGCGAGGGAUAGGCAGAGGUCGAAGAAGAUGAGUAAAGGGAUGGGUGGGGGGAUGUAG